UCGAGGCCACCGCGCGCACAGUUCAUCCUCUCGUUAGCGGACAGUGAAGGUUACCUGCUUCAACAGUGCUUGAACGGCAACCUUUUAGCUGUCUCCUCACGGGAAUACUCGCUUCAAUCAACCAGAACACCACCACCACCACCACCACCAACAACAACAACAAAGCUUAAUUCAUUUUAAAUAUCUUAAAAUAACGUCGGCUUGUGAAGAUAUCUUAAACACGUAUAGCUUUUAAGCUAGCUGUUUGUUUUGCUAACCAGCCUUCGUACAUUAAAGCUUUUCGACCUCCUCGCCACUUAAUCAGAACAAUGAGUUCCCAGGUGAGACAGAACUUCCACCAGGACUGCGAGGCUGCAAUCAACAGGCAGAUCAACCUGGAGCUGUACGCCUCCUACGUCUACCUGUCCAUGGCUUACUACUUUGACCGUGACGACCAAGCGUUGCCCAACUUUGCCAAGUUCUUUCGUAAUCAGUCGCAUGAGGAGCGCGAGCAUGCUGAGAAGCUAAUGAAACUGCAGAACCAGAGGGGGGGAAGGAUCUUCCUGCAGGACGUCAGGAAACCAGAGAGGGACGAGUGGGCCAGCGGAGUGGAGGCUCUUGAAUGUGCCCUGCAGCUGGAGAAGAGUGUGAACCAGUCGCUGCUGGACUUGCACAAGCUCUGCUCGGAUCACAACGACCCACAUUUGUGUGAUUUCAUCGAGACGCACUACCUGGACGAGCAGGUGAAAUCCAUCAAAGAGCUGGGAGACUGGGUGACCAACCUGCGCCGUAUGGGGGCUCCUACCAACGGCCUGGCUGAAUACCUGUUCGACAAACACACCCUGGGCAAAGAAAGCAGCUAAACCUUUCUACGGCACAAUUCCAACCGCUUUCUUAAUAUGUAUAUUUGUAACUCGCUUUCAAAUGUUUUCAAUAUGAAAAUAAAAGAGCCAUCUGCAUGAUAACAGCUUAUCAUUUAAACCUCUUAUAUUACUCAUAUCGUACUCCUUAUUACAGUUACAUUCUUGUUUCCACCGCUGUGAGCUUCGCCUUUGUCAUCACUUUCUUUGUGUUUUCUGCCAGGAGCUGUCAAUCAAACCAAUAAAAGGAAACCCUCUGGA